AAUAUCUAUAGUUUUUAUUUCUCGUUUAAACAUAAUAAUAUAAUAUAUUGACAUAUUUACGGAAAGUUUAUGAGCCAAUUAUAACACAGCGAUACUAUUGUAUUAAGGUCGAUCAAAGUUGUACUUUUGUUGUGCUGAGUCCAAUUUCUUUUCGAUAACACUUGGCCGUUGGUCAAUAGAUUACGUCCGAACUGUAUAAUUGUUUUUAUCUUAAUACAAAAUGAGUACCCAAUUCUUCUAAUCAGUAUUUUGCCUUUACUUUACGUUAAAUGUUUUGAUAUUUCAUUACAUGCACAACGUUAAAAAACAGUGUCGGUGUCGGUAUUGUUUUACUAGAUUAUUUGAAAACUAACUGUGCUCGUAUUUUYAAAUACAAUUUUAAAUAUGUCACUACAAAGACUAAAUAAAUUUGUCAGAUGUCCGGCAAACUACAAUUUAUGCCGUUAUGUUAAGUCACAAUUAGAAUUUUCCCCAUUUUUGAGGUUGUCUGUGAGAUCAAAGAACUUUUCCACCAGCCAAAAUAUGUCGUCGAAUCAGAAAGUAUUAAAUAUUGACAACAUGAACCCUAACGUAAGAAUAAUGGAAUAUGCUGUUCGGGGACCAUUAUUGAUAAGAGCUACAGAAAUUGAAAACGAAUUAAAAAAGGGUGUUGAAAAACCUUUUAAAGAAGUGCUUAAAGCGAAUAUUGGUGAUUGCCAUGCAAUGGGACAAAAGCCAAUUACAUUCAUACGUCAGGUUUUAGCUUYGGUAUCUCAACCAGAUCUAUUGGAUGAUGAUCGAUUUCCUGAGGAUGUUAAAGAACGUGCAAGAACUAUAUUAGAUGGAUGCCGUGGUGGAAGUGUUGGGUCUUAUACUGAUUCUCCAGGAAUAGAAAUAAUAAGGAAACAUGUUGCUCAAUAUAUUGAACGUAGAGAUGGUAUUCCCUGUGAUUAUUUAAAUGUCCUCUUGUGUGCUGGUGCAUCUGAUGGAAUAAAAGCUAUUCUACGAUUAUUGGUUGCUGAUGUUGAUGGAAAAAAACCAGGUGUUUUAAUUCCUAUUCCACAAUACCCAUUAUAUUCUGCUACAUUAGCAGAGUUCAAUGUAAAACAGGUUGGAUACUUUUUAGAUGAAAAUAAAAAUUGGGGUUUGGAUGUGAAUGAAUUAGAAAGAUCAAUAACUGAAGCACGCAAACAUUGUAACCCUAGAGCUAUUGUGGUUAUUAAUCCCGGCAAUCCAACUGGCCAAGUAUUAACCAAAGAAAAUGUGGUGGAUGUUAUUAAAUUUGCAUAUAAAGAAAAAUUGUUCUUACUUGCUGAUGAGGUAUAUCAAGACAAUGUAUACGCUGAAGGCAGUAAAUUUUAUUCAUUCAAAAAAGUAUUAACAGAAUUAGGAUCUCCUUACAGUGAAAUGGAAUUGGCAUCAUUUAUGUCUUGUUCUAAAGGAUAUAUGGGAGAAUGUGGUUUAAGAGGUGGUUACACAGAAGUGAUUAAUUUGGAUCCGGAAGUUAAAGCAAUGUUACUCAAAUCUGUAUCAGCUAUGUUAUGCCCCACAGUUCUUGGCCAAACUGUGAUGGACUGUGUUGUAAAUCCUCCACGUCCAGGUGAACCAUCAUAUGAGAGUUUUCAAGAAGAAAAAAAUGGUAUACUUAAAUCGUUGGCAGAAAGAGCCAAAUUGGUAGCCGAUACAUUUAACAGUAUACCUGGGAUGUCUUGCAAUCCAGUGCAAGGUGCUAUGUAUGCUUUUCCACAAAUAAAGUUACCUGAAAAAGCAAUUAAAGAAGCAAAAAAUCAAGGAAUUGAACCUAAUGCAUUCUAUGCAUUUCAACUUUUGGAAAAUACUGGUAUUUGUAUUGUACCUGGAUCUGGGUUUGGUCAAGUUGAAGGGACUUAUCAUUUUAGAACUACAAUCCUUCCUCAACCAGAUAAAUUGAAAUCUAUGUUGGACAAUUUCAAAGAUUUUCAUUUAAAAUUUUUAGAACAAUGGAAAUAAUAUUUGAAAAAAGAGAAUGGCAAUUAAUAUAUUAUUGAAGUAGAGAUAAAAUACCAAUUGCAUAUAAAUUUUACUAUUGAUACAACAUUUAGCUGGUCUACCUAAAAUUGAUGUUAAAUUUACAGUAUUUUCACAAUUUAGCUUAAUUUUUUUAGCCAGAGAUCAUUAUAUAUUGCACUCAUUAGGUAUAUAAUACUGUUUCAUUUACCAGAUAGAAUCGUUCCUACAUAUCUUAAACAAAACUAUUACUUAACUAAACUAAACUAUAUAAACUUUAUAAACUAUUCAUUUAUUUUGUUGCCAUUAAUGUUAAAGAAAUGGAUAUUGUAUUUUAAAUUUUAAAUUUUUUAUGUUUAUCCUAACAUAAUUACCAUUAAUCAAGACUGUUCAAGAUUAAAUAACGUUCCCGAUUCUUUAAAUAUUWAUUUUUAUUUUUAAAAAUCACUACUAACUUAUUAUUUUGAUGUGAAAAGUUUUACCCUAGUACUUAUUUAU